AUGGGGCGGUACCUCACCGAUCAGAUCACGCUAGAGAUUGUGGUGGUGACUGUGCUGGAGCCGUCGUCACCCGCAGACGCUUCAUUUCACCCCGCGCAGAAAUGGCCAACAUUUAUCGCUGUGCACCUGUUGACCUCUGAUCACCUCUUUGUUCUCAUGGAAAUUAAGUUCAAUGAGCCGCAAAUGUUCUACAAAAAAGCUUUAUGUUCGGAAACUACGUGA